AAAUACAUUUCCAACCAGAAACCAAACAGGUAACCAAACACUGGAAAUAAUUUCGAUACAAACUAUAAACCCUUUCCUCUAUAUAAUAUUCUUCACACUCUUCCUGCUCUUUGUCCCUUCAAAUCCUUCGUCCUUCAGCCUUCAUCAAUGGCUUCUGUUGCAGGAUUCUCCACUUUCAUGCCCUCUCUUUCAUGCCAUAAACCGAAUCAGACGCUUACCCGGGCUUCUAAUUUCAAUGCGGUAUCGCUUGCCAUCAAUGGGAAAUCAUUCCCAUCUCUUAAAUUUAGUUCUGCCCCAUCACGCUUCCGGGUUUGCUGUGCGGCGACACCUGAGACGGUCAACAAGGUUUGUAACAUCGUCAGGAAACAGUUGGCAGUUCCAGAAGACACUGCUGUAACCGGAGAGUCCAAGUUCGCUACUCUUGGAGCCGAUUCUCUUGAUACGGUUGAGAUUGUGAUGGGACUGGAAGAAGAAUUUGGAAUCAGCGUGGAAGAAGAAAGCGCUCAGAGCAUUGCAACCGUUCAGGAUGCAGCGGAUCUGAUUGAGAAGCUCGUUUCGAAAAAAUAAGAAAACUUACAAGUUGCUUAGCUUCUUAUAUCUAAACCAAAACAAGUUAUGUGGGUUGUAAGGCUUGGAGCAUUAAACAAGUAUGCUAUAAUACUUUGUUUUGUUUUGUUUUGUGACUCUUCUUUGCAACUAACUAAUGUGUUUGUGAAUUACUUGUUCCACUUAAAAGUUAUAUAUAUAAUAACAUCCAUGUUGGUAAUCA